AUGUCGGUUCCAAAGACGUCGUCGGAGGUCUGGCACAUCCUCGAGGUGCGCACUUCGCGAGCCGCGGCCGUCGGCGGCGGCCAUCACGCCGAAAUACAAUCAUUAUCCCACCGCCGCGCUUUUGGCCCGAAAAACGGCCCUCGACUACGACGCCGCCGGACCCCGACCCGACGCUCGACCACCGCUCGCCCUGAUCCCCGCCCUAAACCCAUCGCGCAGGAACGAGAGACGGAACGCGACGAUGAGCUCCAGGAUAUCGAGGACCUCGUGGACAGGCUCAAGAGCGGCGCGGUGAUCGACAGACGCGACGCGCUCAUGGACCUCGCAGGAAAGAUGGCCGCCGACGAGCGCGUCGCGUGUUUCGCCGAGUCGCACGGCGCGAGGUCGCUCCUCCUCCGCGGACUCGACGCCGCCGUGAAGCGCGGCGACGAGGAGCUCAUCGACGCGGUGUCCGCGGCGGUGGCGGAGAACUCUCGCGCGCACGCGAAGGAGCACAAGCAGGUGGAGCUCAAGGCGGUCGCGGGGUCGCAAGUCGGCGCCGCGGCGCAGAGGCCCCCGGGAGUGGAGGAGGUGAGGCUCCCGGGGCUGGGACGGACGCUGCGGGUGCACGAGAGCUCGUGGGGAGACGCGGGGCUGGCGUGGAGGAUAUGGGGCUCGGCAAAGAUCACGGCUCACGCCAUCGACGCGGCGAACUCCCACCACGACGACGCGGGCGGGGAGGCGCGGGUGCACGCGUGGGAGGAGGAGGAGGCGAUAAUCCUCGGCAGGAAGAGGAGCAUGGACGGAACGAAGCCCAUGGGCGACACGGCGAGGCGAAAGUCGGAGGGUGCGCGAUCCAUCGUCACCGCCGCGACGACGCUCUCCGAGGGAGACGGCUCGUGCGACGGCGCGUCCUCCCGCGGCGACGCGUCGCCGGGCGGUGACUCACCGGGCGGUGACUCGCCGGGUCACUCGUCCCGCGCUUCGCCGACGCUGGGCGUGCGUGGUCUGACGGUGCUGGAGCUGGGCGCCGGGUGCGGCCUCUGCGGGUUCGCCGCCGCCGCCGCGGGGGCCAAAGAGGUCACCGUCACCGAGGGCGCCCCCGGCGCGCUCGCCGCGCUCGGCCGAACCGCUCGCGACAACGCGUCCGCGUUCGAGGGAUGUGCGGUGCGGGUCAAGUUUCUCGACUGGCGCGACGAUCAAGCCGCGCUCGACGGCGAGGAGGUGGUCGCCGUCGAGACGAACGAAUCGGGCGAGAUGAUCGACGUCGAACAGCGUCGAACGGCGGCGGCGGCGGAGUCGAACGACGACGUGAACGUCGGUUCGUAUCCUCCACGCGCUGGUGGGAACUGGGUCCACAGGCUCCACGGCGGCGCGGCGGCGGCGAGGACCCUGGACCGACUGCGCGACUCGGAGCGUUUCGACGUCGUCGUCGGGAGCGACUUGUUGUACGACGACGCGCACGCGGAGCCCCUCGCGGCGUCGUUGGCGCGGCGGAUCGCCAAACCGUUCGGCGUCGCGCACGUGACGCUCGCGGUGCGACGGGGUGAACUUCUGGAAGCCCUCGCGAGGGCGGCGUCGAGGAGGGGGCUGCUCGUCGGCGCGCAGGCGGCGGAGCCGUACCUCGAGGAGGAGGAGGCGCUGAGGGAGGCGACGGGCGGUCACAUCACGCGCGCGGAGCCGGAAGGGGUCGGGGCGUGGCGCGAGCGGAGCGGCGCGGCGCUCGCGGCUGGCGAAGGGGUGAUUUUGCCGGUGGGGCGGUCAAGUGGGGAGGAGAUGAGGGAGGCGUUCAUGGACGCGGAGGGACGCGUCGCGAUGCUCACGUUCAGGUGGCCGCAGAGUUGA